AAAAACUCGAAAUACGAAGCCGCUCUAUAUAAGCCGUUGCUUUGCGCCUCCACUGUAUCUCCACACAAGCUGAGGCUGUAAUCUCCUCCAAGGUUUCGGGAUCACGCAUUCAGUUGAUACUAGCGGAAUUACUUUCACACAUUGAAGAAUUUUAAUUACACCUUAACUUUAUACAAUGCCGAAGGACAGAAGAAUUCGAUCCACACAUCAUCAUCAAUCUAGGACAUGUCCUGUUCCUUCAUGUUCCAAGACAGCCAAGCAAGACAAAUACAAAAACCUCACCGGACAAGACAAGGAUGCGAACAAGGAUGUGAAUAAAUGGGAAGAAGUCAGGUGCCCCAUAUGCAUGGAACACCCUCAUAGUGCUGUCCUCUUGCGAUGUUCUUCUUAUGGCAAGGGUUGCCGCUCCUACCUUUGCAAUACAAGCUACCGCCACUCGAACUGCCUCUCGCAGUUUUGUGCUUCUUCCAGUAAACAACAAGAAGCCCUUCCCUUGAGCAAGUCCAAGCUUGUAUGCCCUCUCUGUCGAGGGCAAGUUAGUGGUUGGGAUGUCAUAGAGCCUGCACGCCAGUUCAUGAAUUCCAAAGCAAGGAGUUGUCCAUAUGAGGCAUGUGAUUUUUGUGGGACUUAUGUACAACUCAGGAAUCAUACAAGGCGAGAGCACCCGGUAAGUUGGCCAUCGCAGGUUGACCCUGCUCGCCAGCAAGAGUGGAUAAGGUUGGAGCGUGAAACGGAAUUGAAUGAUGCUAUAUGUCUAUUCCUAUCACAAUUCCAAUACAUUGGAUUUGAGGACAUGUUACGUAUGCAUAUACUGCAUUCUGGGUUGCUUACACCAGUUGAAUCUCUACCAUGAGGCUUCUGCAUCGUGGA